AUGUCGGAAUAUUGGAAGUCUACGCCUAAGUACUGGUGCAAGCACUGCAGCACUUACGUCAAAGACACUCCCUUCGAGCGCAGACAACAUGAGAGCACGGGCAAACACCAAGGCAAUCUUCGACGAUUCCUCCGAGAUAUCCAGAAUAGCCAUGAGCGGGGCGAACGGGAGAAGGAAAAAGCAAAGUUGGAAGUCGAAAGGCUAAGCAGAGUCGCCGGUGGCAGUCCUUCGGCAUCUCCGAUUCCAACAACAGCAUCUUCACAGUCGCAGUCAUCGACCGUCCGAAAAGCUGCGAACGGUCCUCAGGCAGCCGUCGACUUGAAACGACAAUGGGCACAGUUGGCGGAAAUGGGCAUCAAGGUUCCUGAACAAGCACGGUCUGAGGUGGCCAUGCCGGGAGAAUGGCAAGCGGUCGAACAAAAGCCUACAAACGAGACGUCCGAAGGGGUUAGAAACAUCGGAGUCAGAAAGCGCAAACUCGAAGAGCAGGAAGAGGAUGAAGAAGGAGAAGACGCGGUCGUCCAGCGUGGAUGGGGCUCUAGUACUAGGCGAUAUCCCGGCGACGAGAAGCCGGACCUCGAUGAGCUAUUGUCCGGUACAAUCUCCUUGAAGAAAGAGAAGAACCCUCCCUCCGCUCAACUAAAGGACGAGCCGAAGGAAACUAUCAAGCGAGAAGAUAUCACAAGCCUCAAACCAGGCAGUGGUACGGACGACGAGCAAAAGCCUAGCCAUGUCGAAGCGUUGUCGGACCAACACUCCCCUGUGAAGGACGAGAUCGACACUGUUCAGCCAUCACAACCCUUGAGCGACAUCCCGGAAGAGGUGCCGUUGCCGGUGUUCAAAAAACGCAAGGCUAAACCAUCUUGA